GCCAACGCUGCGAAGUCGUCUGCGCACUUUUGCAGAGCAAAUAGAUGGUUAAUAAGUCAAAGGAUAAAAGCAAAAACCAAAAAGAAAAAAAACAAUAAUUCUAAGCGAGACAAAGAAACGAACCUUCUUUCCACGUUCUCUAUUCUUUUACUUCUUCUGCAAUCAGGAAAGCAUUGUUUAUUGACAGAAAACUAUGUAAACAGCGGAUAAUAUCCGUCCAUUUGUAUUAGUGGAAUUGUAGAGAAAAAUGGAUCUAAAAGAUAUUCGACUUGAUCCCAAUUCCGAGUCUACCCAAUCUAUUGGUCAAAUAUCUCAUUUGGCUCUUGAUAUUGGAGGAUCUCUAAUCAAGGUGGUUUAUCUCUCAAGAUAUAGUAAUAAUUCUGCUGAUAUUGAGGGGGAGAGCUCAAGCUCUGAUGAUGAUACUCUUGUUCUUUCCAAUGUUAAUGGCGAACAUCAUAUUCUUGAAGGAAGACUUCAUUUUGCAAAGUUUGAGACAAGCAAGAUAAAUGAUUGCUUGGAGUUUAUUAGUUCCAAGAAACUUCACCUUGGUGGUUUCCAGCGUCAUGAGAAUCCUACCAAGGACAGGAACUUCAUUAAGGCCACAGGCGGUGGGGCAUACAAGUUCACGGACUUUUUCAAAGAAAAGCUUGGGUUUAGUCUUGACAAGGAAGAUGAAAUGGAUUGCCUUGUGGCAGGAGCAAAUUUUUUGCUUAAGGCAGUUCAUCAUGAAGCUUACACAUACAUGGAUGGUCAGAAGGAAUUUGUGCAGAUUGACCACAAUGAUCUGUACCCCUAUCUGCUUGUGAAUAUAGGAUCUGGUGUUAGCAUGAUCAGGGUGGAAGGAGAUGGAAAAUUUGAACGAGUUAGUGGAACAAGUGUCGGAGGUGGCACCUUUUGGGGUUUGGGAAAGUUAUUAACAAAAUGCAAGUGUUUUGAUGAGUUACUGGAGUUAAGUCACCAGGGGAAUAACCGAGUGAUAGACAUGCUUGUCGGGGACAUCUAUGGCGGAACAGAUUACUCAAAGUUUGGUCUUUCAUCAACAACUAUUGCUUCCAGCUUUGGGAAGGCUGUUUCAGACAAUAAAGAGCUGGAAGAUUACAAACCUGAAGAUGUUGCCCGGUCUCUUCUCAGAAUGAUUUCCAAUAAUAUUGGGCAGAUAUCUUAUUUGAAUGCACUUCGAUUUGGGCUCAAGCGGAUCUUUUUUGGAGGUUUUUUUAUACAGGGUCAUUCUUAUACCAUGGAUACAAUUUCUGUUGCUGUUCAUUUCUGGUCUAAAGGUGAGGCAAAAGCAAUGUUUUUGCGGCAUGAAGGGUUUUUGGGAGCUCUAGGUGCAUUCAGGAGCUAUGAAAAGCGCAGCCUUGAUGAUUUCGGGGUUAAUAAAUCCCUGAAACUCCCAGAAAAUGCCUCCUACACCGCAGAUUCAAAUUUUAACCCACCAAGUGGGGAUUUGAAGGAUAAUGGAAGUAUACAAUCUAGUGUUUAUGCAUCUUAGCGCCUGCCGGGGCUUUCAUUGUGCUUGGGUCUGGUUAGGAAACUGUUAGUACUCCAGGUUCCAGCACCCUGUGCAGGUCAGAGAAAUUUUGUAUAAUGUGUAGUAUAGUUGAAAGCGUGAGGACCAAUAAUUUGUAUUAGAAAGAUCAUAGAUUUGGUAGCGUGGAAGUAUCAGCAAAGCAUAAUACCUAAAUUCUUUUCCCUCAUAAUUCACUUCCACAUUGUGUACUGAGAUGAACUUUGUAUCUUUUGUUUAAUAAAUUCUAUUUCUUA